AUGCAUGAAUAAGCAUUACUCAAAAAAUAAAAAAAUUAAGAAUUUAAAUAAUUAUAAAAAGAUGCUAAUAAAUUUAAAUUAGAAGAACCUGAAAAAUAUUUAUAAAUGCUUUAUGAAAAAAGAGAUCGUAUAGUACUUUCAAUUCAAGAAAGAAAAAAAUUAUAAUAAGAAAUGAAUAGUAGGAAUUCAAGAUUCAAUUAAAAAAGAAUCUAAACUUUAGCUUUUCUUGGAGCUGAUGAUAAAGUUGAAGAUGACUUUGGAAAAGAUGAUAAAGAUUGGGAAAUUUAUAGAAGUGUUACAAAAGAAAUAGAUUCUGCUGAUGAAAAGUCAAAAUAUAAACUAUAAGAAAUUGAAUAAGAACUAAAAGACCUAGAUCCUGAUUUCGAAAUCAAAAUUCUUAAAUCAAUAGCCAAUGUUCAUUAAUUAGGAAUGAAUCUAAGUCAAGUCCAAUUAAGUGUUGAUCGAGUGAGAUGUUAAGAAAUCUACUUUUAUCCUAAUUUAAUUGGAGUGGAACAAUAAGGAUUAGUAGAUAUGAUUAAAUUAUCACCUAAAGGUUUAGAUAAGCUAUUAUUAUAAAACAUCAUCCUAACUGGAGGUGGAGCAAAAACAUAAGGAAUCAUGUAAAGAUUGUAGAAAGAUUUAAUAUCAGAAUAUGAUUGCCCAAUUGAUAUUAAAAUCGCUUCUGAUCCAGUAUUUGGAACUUGGUUUGGAAUGAAAAACUUUGCAAAUAAAUAUUAAAGUAUGCUUUCUUAAUUUUCUAUAUCAAUUGAUGAUUAUAAUGAAAUUGGUACUUAAAAAUGGGAAAUAUUUAAAUAGCAUCCCUUUUGA